AUGGGAAGCAUCGAGUCGACUUCGCUGCGCAACAUCCGCAAAGUCCUGAUAGCCAACAGGGGCGAGAUUGCCGUGCGAUGCAUCAAGGCCUGCAGGGAACUGCGUGUCCACAGCAUCGCCAUAUUCACAAAUUCUGACGCAACCUCUCUACAUGUCACGUUGGCCGAUCAGGCCGUGUUGCUGCCGGGAGACGACGGCACUGCCUACACAGACGGCAAGGCUAUUUUGGAGAUUUGCAAAAAAGCCGGUGCGGAUGCCGUCUUGCCCGGAUACGGCUUCCUGAGCGAAAAUGCCGACUUCGCCAGUGCCGUUUCAGCGGCCGGCCUCGUCUUUGUCGGUCCCUCAUCGGCGUCCAUCAAGGCCAUGGGCCUCAAGCACGAAGCCAGAGCCAUUUCUGAGGCCGCAGGCGUCCCCGUCAUCCCGGGCACUCCGCUUCUGGCGUCUGCCGCAGAGGCCGUCGAGGCUGCGAGGAGCUUGGGUUUUCCAGUGAUGCUCAAGGCAACCGGCGGGGGCGGCGGCAUGGGAUUGCACGCUUGCCAUACCGAGCACGAAGUCGACAAGGGCUUUGCCAUGGUUCAGAGCCGCGCGAUCACGCUCUUCAAAAACGGCGGCGUCUUCUUGGAGAAGCACUACCCGAACUCGCGCCACGUCGAGGUCCAGGUGGCAGGCAACGGGGAGGUCGUCGUGGCGUUGGGAGAGCGCGAGUGCUCGCUACAGCGGCGACACCAGAAGGUGAUUGAAGAAUGUCCCAGCCCCUUUGUUGAGAGGCAUCCCGGCCUCCGCGAGAGGAUGCUCCAGGCCGCCACCACUUAUGCGUCGCAGCUCAAGUACAAAAGCGUGGGCACUGUCGAGUUCCUCGUCGACGACGACACGGCCGGUUUCUUCUUUCUCGAAAUGAACACGAGGCUGCAGGUCGAACACGGCAUCACCGAGCUGUGCUACGGAGUCGACCUCGUCCAUCUGAUGCUGCAGCAGGCCGACUACGAGCGGGGAGGCCAGCCGGGGCUGCCUUCGGACAUUCUCAUGGGCCUUGGGAGACGUCCACCCCUGGGAUCGGCUAUCGAGGCCCGAGUCUAUGCCGAAGUGCCGCUGCGCGACUUUGCUCCCAGCCCUGGUGUCUUGCAGCUCGUCCACUGGCCUGAGGGCGACGGUGUCCGAGUCGACACAUGGGUUCGAAGCGGCCAGCGGAUCACGCCUCUUUACGAUCCUUUGAUCGGUAAGAUCAUGGUCCACAGUCGUCAUGGCCGGGCUGCCGCUCUAUCGAAACUGGCCGCGACGCUUGCCGAUACCACUCUUCAGGGAACCCAGUCCAACUUGGAAUAUCUAGCCAGAAUCGUCGAUUCAGACAUCUUCCUCACCGGGAAUACCUUGACAAAUUCUCUUGCGACCCUCAAGUUUGAAAGCUGCUCCGUUCAGGUCUUGCGUCCUGGCGUGUUCACAACCAUCCAAGACUACCCGGGCCGCGUUGACGUGGGACAUGGAGUGCCUCCGGGCGGUCCUAUGGACAAUCUCAGUGGUCGAGUGGCGAACAGCCUAGUAGGGAACGAUUUUGGCGUUGAGAUUUUGGAAGUGACGCUGGCCGGGCCAGAAUUGCUUUUUCAUGAGGCAGCCGUCGUUGCGGUUUGUGGCGCCGAGCUGCCUGUCACCGUCAACAAUGGCCCUCGACCCAUGUGGUCCAGGUUCGUUGUCAACAAGGGUCAGAUACUCAAGUUGGGAAAAGUCUCCGGAAAAGGCACCCGGGCCUAUCUUGCUGUCAGGGGCGGGUUUCCCCAGAUUCCUAGAUUCCUUGGCUCCAAGUCCACCGCCCCUGAGCUUGGCUUCGGCGGUGUCCAAGGCAGAAAACUACAGGCCCACGACAUUCUUGCUCUCACCGCCGAGUCUAAGAUUUGGGCGGCAGCGGCCACUCCCUUGUCGCUGCCGUCGAGGGCCGUACCAGACUUUGCAGUUACGAGCCUAUUCUGUAUGGACGGGCCGUUUGGUUCCGACGAUAUCCUAACUGCUGAAGGAAGCAAGACUCUAUAUGAAACUAGAUGGGCAGUCAGCCACAGCAGCAGCCGAAGCGGUAUACGUCUGGAAGGGCCACGGUUGAAGUGGGCUCGGGCCUCGGGCGGCGGUGGGGGAUCUCACCCGUCCAACGUGUUCGAGUACGGAUAUCCCAACGGCGGAGUCAACUUCACCGGCGAGUCACCCAUCAUUUUCGCGCAUGACCGCCCGGAUCUAGGCGGAUUCGUCUGCCCAGCCACAGUUUGUUCCGCCGAGAUGUGGAAAGUCGGCCAACUCAAGGCCGGAGACAAGGUACAACUUCGUCCCGUGUCUUUUGAGGCUGCGCUGGAGCUCGCGCGAAAGAAGGACGAGUACCUCGAAGCUGUCGUCCGGUACACACGAGGAAGUGGCUUUCCAAUACCCUCGCUGGACGUUGAGCUCAGAGACGAACCUCGGUGUUCUAUCCUCCACCACAUCCCAUCUUCAGGAAGUCAUCCUCGCGUCAGAUUUCGCCAAGGGGGCGACACCAGCAUCAUUGUCGAAUAUGGCGAUCAGCUUCCGGACCUUAGGAACACAGCUUGCGUGCAGCUUCUCGCGAAAGGGCUGUCCGCCGCAGACCUGAGUAGCGUACGGGGCGAGCCCUGUUUCGCCACACUGACCGUACGGUUCGAUCCGUCCCUCACGGAGCGGUCAAAGCUUCUAGAACACCUUGUGCAGCUCGACAGCCAAAUCGGAGAAGCCACAGGCAUCAAGAUACCCGCUCGACAAGUGCGUCUUCCAGUAUGCUUUGACCACCCAUCGCUCGGGGAGUCUGCUAAGCGAUACAUGGAGAGUAUUAGACCCUCAGCAGCAUACAUGCCAGACAAUGUAGAGUAUCUCCGCAAGAACAACGCUCUGGCCACUCGAGGACAUGUCUAUGACGCGAUACUCAAGGCGCCAUGGCUCACCGUGGCUGUUGGCUUCUACGUCGGAACCCCCGUCAUGUUUCCUCUUGAUCCCUGGCGCGUCUUGAGAGGCCAAAAGUACAACCCGAGCCGGGUGUACACACCGCAAGGCUCGGUUGGACUUGGUGGCUCUCUGGUAGCGAUCUAUCCUGUGGCUGCCCCAGGAGGGUACCAACUAAUAGGUCGGACGUUGGGCGGCUGGGACGCAGCGGGAAAUCGUCCUGGGUUCUCGCCAUCGCGGCCCUGGCUUUUCAAUCACUUCGAUCUGGUCACAUUUUAUGAGGUGUCGCAGGAUAAGUAUGCCAAGACAGAGCAGGCUUUUGAGGCUGGCUGCUAUACCUUUGACAUCACCGAGACGACCAUCGAGAUGGAUACAUACAUUGCGAAAUUUGAAGAGGCCGCCGAGAAUCCCGAGUUUCAAAGCUGGACACAACGUCGAGACGCGGCAUCGCAGGAGAUGGGAGAGCUGGAACAGAAGCUUUUCGAGGAGUGGACAAUGACCAAGGGGGCAGGUCAAGAUGGUGCGGCAUCUGAAGAUGACCAAGUCGAUUCUGGCCAGGCCGUCUGCGUUGAAUCCCCAGUCGAUGCAAACGUAUGGAAAGUCCUAGUCAAGCAGGGUGAUAUUCUAGAGAAGGGGCAGACUGUGGCUAUUCUCGAAGCCAUGAAGAUGGAAAUCAACGUGGUUGUGAGCGACGAGCAGGCAGGCGCCGUGGUGACCAAGAUAAGCCAGCCGCCGGGAAGAAUUGUAAGGCCUGGGUCCGUGAUCUUGCGAGCCAAAAGGCCAGAAUGA